AUGAGCGAGAUAGAACGCGCAGAUCCCGGCGCGCACGCCGGCGAGACGGCGCCUCUCCUCCCUUCCUCCUCAUCCUCCUCCAACACCACAAUCACAAGCACGCAACCAGGCUUGCUACGCACCGCCGUGCCGUUCCUGAUCAUCCUCACGGUCGUCGAGUUCGCAGCUGCGCUCGUCGCCGCCGGUGUCGCCGCCCUCGUCGAGGGCUCCCUCUGCCGCACGCGCUUCCCGGACGUGACCCAGCCCUACGGCGACCCCCGGUGCAAGCACGAGGCCGUGCAGGCGGACCUCGCGUGGAUCAUCGGCAUGGAGAAUACCAUCUCCGUAAUACCCGGUCUGCUCAUGUCCAUCCCGUACGGUGUCGUCGCCGACAGAUACGGGCCCAACAUCGUCCUCGGGCUCGUCUGGGUCGGCCAGUUCCUAUCCGAGGGAGGACACCUCCUCGUCUGCCUUAAUCCUCAAAUAUUCAACGUCCGCUGGAUAUACGCCUCGUCUUGUAUGACGCUCAUCGGCGGCGGCGGCGCAACCUAUGUCGCCAUGCGCUACCUCGUUGGCGCCAGCCUCGUCGACGAAAAGAACAGAACCACCCUCUUCUUCUACAUACAGGCCUACAGCACUUCCAUCGCCUUCCUCACCGGCCCCGUCGUCUACUUCGUCAUGAGCCGCGGUGGCCCCGUCGCCGCUCAAACCGUCGGCGUUGCGCUUCUUGGCCUCAUGGCCAUCCCUGGCUUCGCCAUGCCUCGCCGUCUCCGCAACACCCCUGCCCCAUCCUCCUCCUCCUCCUCCUCCUCCUCCUCCCCGCCCACCAGCAUCCGCGCUCGCGUAGCCGACGUGGUCGCCUCCGCCGCCACCACCCUCCGUCUCGUCUUCCUCGGGCCCGACCUGCUCCUCACGCUCCUCCUCGGCAGCGUCGUCUUCACCACGCUCGGCGCCUACGAGACCACCUUCCGGCUGCAGUACGCCACCAAGCGCUUCGGCUGGACCUGGGCCCAGGCCGGCCUGCUCUCCUCCGUCGCCUCCGCCGCCAACCUCUCCACGCUCGUGCUCGUGCUGCCCGCGCUCAGCUGGCUGCUCCUCCGGCGCGGCGGCCCGGCGCUGAGCAAGGACCUCUGGCUCGCGCGCGGCAGCGGCGCCGUCCAGGUCCUCGGCAGUUUCCUGACGGCGCUGGCACCGACGGGACCCGCGUUCGUCUUCGCGGUCGCCCUGUACGAGUGCCAGCGCGGAUACAUGCCGUCCAUUGUGAGCGUCAUCAUCGCGGUCGCGGAGCGCGCGGGCGUCACGCAGCAGAGCACCGUCUACGCGUGUGUGUCGACGAUGAGUGCCACCGGCUCUAUGCUCGCCGGGCCGGUCAUGGCCAGCGCGUUCCGUGUCGGGUUGGAAUGGGGACAGUCAUGGUACGGCUUGCCCUUCUUGGCAGCCGGUGUGCUGCAGCUGUGUACGUUUUUGAUCCUCAUCUUCGUGCGGCAAAAGUAG